UUCUAAUACCUCAAUUUGGCUUAUUUUUGACAUUGUUUCUAUUCUUUUCUGAGUCUUUUUAUUUCCUGAUAAAGUUUUGCUGCCAAAAAAGAUUGGUGGGCCUUGUAUAUGUUAUUAUCAAUAACUCUCAAGGGUAUUUAAUUUGAUUGUGUAUUAUGUUUUCUGUACAUAUUGGAUUCUUAUCUUCUUGAGUGUUUGCGGUUGACAGUGUUUUAAGGAUUGGUAUUUCUGCUAUUUCAUAUGGGUACGUAAAGGGUUUUAGUAUCCUGUCCUUGUGCCUUCACAUGUAAAUAUACACAAGCACUUCUGCGUAAAGGAUAACCUAUCUCAAAUUUGCAAAGACGGCUGAUAAACUGUUACUUCUUUUUACAAAUGAAGAUGAUCUUUUCGGGAAUAUCAAGAGAGCAACAAAAAUAGAUAUGACAUGAACCACAUUGCAUAGAGCUAAAGUACUUAUUUACACUUGCUUCAACAGUUUUCUUAAACGGAUUUUAAUCUUUUGAAAGUCACUGAUACUUUCUUCUUCUCUCUCCCCACAGGAUGCCCAAGAUCUAGGCAUCUCAAUUGAACUUCUUCCCUUGAGUCAACCUGAUGAGGAUUUCAAUGUUUCACUUUUCUUUGCUGAUUUGAUUGGAUUGGAAGGGGAUGACCUCGCUCAAUUUUUACCUUCAGUGGCAGAGAAUUAUGCCUUCCUCUAGUUUUUCUUUAUGGUAUCACUUACGUGCUAAUCAUUUUUUGACAAUGGUGCAACGUACUUUGAAUGCAAAUGAGCAUAGGAAGGUCAAAUAAAGUCAUUGGUGUUAAAGUUGUGAUCAGUCUUUUAGUAAUCCACUCCAUAGUACAAGAUCAUUAUAAAAUUGCAUGAUACCUUAGUCCUUACGCAACACUUAGCAACAUAAUUUCAGUGUAAAAGAUUAAAAAAUAAUCAAAAGUGUGCCUGAAACAUAUCAAUGCUUCUACUGUUUUCUGUACCUUGUGAUGCAGUUUAAUCAUCCAAUUUUGAUAAGUAUUAAUGGCGGUUGAUAUUUGAACAGUAAUAGAAACAUGAUUUUUUGUCAUUCGAAUUUAUUCCUUCACAUGAAAUUUUCACAGCAUGCUACAAUGAUAUAAUCUCCAGGUCAGGUUAUAUUGUAUUGUGUUGAAGAUUUUAGAGUGUUCAAUAUUGAUGCUGGAAUUUAUAUUGUCAAGUUCCUUUUCCUAGUCUUAAGUAUUUUCCCACUUUAUGUCAAGAGCCUUGUAGCUCAGUGGCAUACCCUACUCUCCUUUAUUAGGAGAACCAGGGCUUUGAUCCCCCCUCCCCAUUAUUGUAACUAUCAAAAAAAAGUAUUUUCCCAUAAAACAUCCAUAUUCCAAUUUCAGAUUGGAAGAUAUGAAGGAUCAGCUGAGAAAGCGUAUGUUAACAAAGUGCAUAGUUAAAACCUAAAAAUUGCAUUUUCAAUUGCUAAUGGGUUAUACGAUAGAAGUUGUCACUCACCACUGUUGGGGAGGCCACCUCAGUUUGUCACAGCCACUUGGGUCAUAUAUUUGCUUAGUUGGCUAGAAACUCUCACUCAUAGCAAUCGGGUCUGAGUGGUCCUUGACAACAUCAUUUAACAGUGUCAAAUGUCUUGUACUUGCAGUUAGGUCGUGAGCCUAUACCAAGAAUAGAUUUAAAAUUAAAAACAAGAGAUAUUUCUUUGUUGAGCAUGUGGAUUUGGCCACCAAUCAAACUUAUUACUAGCUUGUUAGAGCCAGGCCAUGCAGCUCAGCAACUCAGGCCCUGAUCUUGUAGCCCAAUUUAAAAAAUUAGCACAUGUAUCAUAUUUCUAUGCCAGUGCUGAUUAAUAAAAUUUAUGGUGGGAGGCUGCCUCACCCAUCACCUCCAACAGACGGUUAGAUAGUCUUGAUUAAUAAAAUUUCCACUGAAACUUUCUCAAUGAUCGGGUGUUAAUUCCAGCCAACACUAGGUUUCUUAUUCCUAGGUUUUGCUUUCUUGCUUGGUGCCUAUUUUAAGUAAGCCUAGGUGCUGAUUCCUACGUUAGUUUUAUUUUUCGGUUCUUCAAUUUUGUUGUUGUAUCUAUUUUGGAUUUUUCCUGCAUCAAAGGUCUUUAGAGAGAUCACUAGUUCAUUUGUUAGAAGGCUAUACGGAAAGAAAAGUUACCAAUAAAGUUAACCUACUUUUUGUGGAUUGUGUCUUUGGGAAAAUUCUCACGAUGGAUAAGCUAAUUAAGCAAGGAAUGGUUAUUGUAGAUCAGUAAUGUAUGAGUAAUUAAAGCAGUGAUAAUAUGGAUAUUUUGCUAUUUCAUUGUCGAAUUGCCAUGGAGUUUAGGUUUCAUCUUUGUGCUAUUUGAUGUUGGAUGGAUGAUGCCUAAAUCAGUGCACAGGUUGCUUCAAUAUUGGAGAAAGAGACCAAGUUCUUUCAGAUAUAAGAUUUUGGAAUUCAGUACAAUUAUGUCUCAUUUGGACCUUUUGAGGGUCAGGAGUUAUCGGUUGUGAGAUUUUUAUUCUAUUGAAUCAGUUGUUAAGAGAUGAGUUAUACCAUCUAAUAUUGUAGAGUUUUUGGAUUCUUUGUAUGUUUGAGAUGUUUUAUGGGGGAUAGUUGAUUAUAGAGCCAGCAAACUAUAUCUUGAUUUGUACCCUUUGUAAAUAAUCAAUACAAUUAUUCAUUGCUUAUCUGAAAAAAAAAAUAAGGGUUUGCUUUUCAUACUGUAGGAAACCAGUUUCUGGUUCUUAGUCAUCUUUUUUCUCUAGUACUAGUUCAAAUUACAAAAUAAAGUGAGUUGAUUUCAAAUUUCAAGUGGAUUCUAAUUGAAUUUCGUUUAUUGUUUUAAAUUUGAAAUUGUGUUAGUUUUACAUUAUGGUUAGCCUUAACAAUUUCCUGGAAAAUUCUCAGAAAGAGAUUAUCGGCCAUGAUGGUCAGAUUGAGCUGCCAGGAAUGCACAUGAUAUAUCUUCCACACACUGAAGACAUCAGACAUGUUGAAGAGCUUUAUUUAGAUUCAAAUGGUGCUGCACCAAAAGCAAUUGAUGAUCAAAUUGAGAAGGCUACUGCUUUAAUGGAUCGUAUCGAUUUGAAAGAUUUUUCAAUUCAAAUGGUGCUGCACCAAAAGCAAUUGAUGAUCAAAUUGAGAAGGCUACUGCUUUAAUGGAACGUAUCGAUUUGAAAGAUUUUUCAGUAUGCCAAUUUUCCAACCCUGGUCUUGAUUUAUAUUGAAUAUCACUUGAAAGGAAAUUUUCAUUGUUCUAAUAACUGUGUUAGACCUGCCGGUCUUAUCAGUUCAAAUAUGAAUAAGGAUCUAUAUUAGUCCACACCAAAAACGGAAUUUCUUAUCGAAAUUGGUGAAAAUCAAAGGACUAGAGGUUCAACUGCCAAAACUGUGAACGCAUUGACACUACUUGGGUGGUGUGAGGCAUGGGAUCAGUACACUCGAACUUUGAAAAUCUAGGAAGGAACCGUAACUAUACCAUCUUAUCCAAUGUUUUUUUGUGUACCGAUGCCUUCAGCGAUGCUAUUUUUUACUGAUACAUUUCCGAUUGAUGAGUUGGAGAUUCCAAAGCAGCUAUUUGAUCCAAACGUGUUCAAUGCAUGGAUGAUUCUUUUCUUAAAUAUAUUGGGGAGUUCCAUUCCCUUGGAAGGGCAGCCUGCUGAUCCCAAGCUUAGGAAAUCAUGGGGAUGGUUUAAGGUCAAGAAAUGGACGAUUCACAUUUUCAAUAGGCUAUACACUUGUCUUAUUUUACUCAGGUUUGUAGAUUUGAACAUUCAAAACCCGGAAAACAAAGCUUUUGCUCAAAUGUUUCAUUAGAAAUAUGCUAGAAAGAUCUUGGAGUGUCACAUAAAUUUGCUUACUGCGAUUUGUGUUGGUGGCUAUUUACUCGAUAGAGUUAUCAACCUUAUUCUUCAAUACCCAAGCAACAGGUGAUUUUACUUUUUUCUUUUUCUUUUUUCAAGAUAAAAUUGUCAUAGCUCGUCAGGGGAUACCUGGCAGCUGGAGUUAGUUGCCCAUAGGUUUUACUAACUAAAGGCAAGUUGAAAGGGCUCUUCUUUAGAAAGGGUUCCUUGCAUUAUUCAAAAAAAUAAGAUAAAAUUGUCAUAGAUCUAACUCCUCCCCCCAGCGCCCUCUACUUAUCUAUCAAAAAAAAGGGUCAAACUCCUUUUUAUCCUUUUAUUUUAUGUGUUUUGUGGUUUAAUCAAUCUACUCAUUAGUAGCAUCAGCUGUUUAGUUGUGCUUAUUAGAACUUGUGAAUAUCAAUUAGUGUUUUCUGAUUUAUUUUUUUAAGAAUGAUAUGAUCAUAGCUUUGUAAGGCUCAUAGAGGACCAGUUCAUCUUACACUGCGCUUCCAAGCUAAGAGCAUUGUUACACCUAAACUUAAAUAAUUCUUUAUGCCAACUACAAAGGGUUUGCUAUAUUGAGAUGGAUAGAAUAAAGAAUUGGAUGUAUCAUUUGGAAUUUAAAUUCAAUGAGGUUUAGAUCAUUUUACUCUUUGGUAAUGUUUAUUUUUCUGCAACAUAGUGGCUAAAGUACUUAGCAGAAUGUUAACAUAGUUCUGGCAAUGAAAGUCCUUGAAGAUUCAAGGUAUACUUUUUGGAGGUCUCCUUCCUCUUUGAGUUGUUAUGUUUGGUUUCCAGCCAAGUCACCGGUAGUUCUUCCUCAGUUUGAGUCUACAUAAUUUGGUAUGCCUGCCCUUUUGGUUUAUCUGCUAGAUUUUAAAUAAUCAGGGUCCCACACGAUAUGAACCUUAAACAGCAGCUAAAUCUCUUGUUUUAUGGCGCAUUAGCCAUUACUGAAGCAUAUAUAAUAAUAAUCAUUCAUAAUAAUAAUAUUAUUGUUAUAAAGCAUUUACAAUGUAGUGCACUAUGUUCUGCCAUUUUUGUCACUUCAAGUGGCCUAUUGUGGAGUCACAUGAGCAGAACAUAUAUGGUUCUUCUGAGGCUCUUAGCAGCAUAUGCAGUUCUCCUAUUUUGAGGCUUUUGUGCUCAUUGAAACUCAAAAGAGGAUGCAAAAUUUACUUGUUUAAUGCUUUUAUUGUUUUAAUUAGCUACUGGUAUCAUAGACUUUUAGAGUGAAAUCUUUGAUCUAUCUGUGAGUCACAAGAUAAUUGCCUUCUUAAAAAAAAAUAAAAAAUAAAUUUUAAUUUUAAAGUUCAUUGUUGAAUUUAACACUCAAGUACGCUUUCAUGAUAUAUCUAUGCAGAAGUUUUUGUAGAAGUUUUGGAAAUUGUGUCAUAAAUGACUUUCUUUUCUCCGGCAAUAUCUAUGGACAUGUGUAGUCUGUGGCCAUUGAUGAUAGAAGUAUUGGCAGACUUUGCUAUCGACUACUUUCCAAGUAUGAUAUUCUCCACUGCAUGACAUAAGACUGUGAUGAAACCUGUUAAUAAAAAUUCAUGAUAUAAUGUCUAUCAAUUACUCUCUCUGUUCAACAAUCCACAUUGUUAAUCACUUUUGGGGAAUAUAACUUUUUAGUUUUUAAAGGCCUUGAAUCAAAACAACCUAACCACCCCUUGAAAAUUUAUGGACUUAUUUUUUUUGAGCAUUUCUAAAUUUACCCUCGGUUCACUUUUUAAAUGGGGCAUCCAUUUUGUGACAUCUGAAAAUGGGGGGGCCAAUAAUCUAGGACAGAGGAAGUAUUAAGUUGAACUGUAUUGUUUAAACUUGGGCAUGCAAGUCGGUUUUGAACACAGUAAUCAUUUAAGGUGCAAGAUAUCCUCCAAUAAUUAAUAUCCAGUAUAUUUUGUUAACAAGCUUCACGUGAAGAACCUGUUUUGUAGUGCUUUUCAUGUACUUUCCCCAUAUUUCGAUUCUCUUUAGAUCUAUUUUCAUUUCGAUAUUCUGGUUCCUUUGGAUAAUUAUGUAUCCAGGAGAACUGCACAUUUCCUCACUUGUAAAGAGCUAGACUACCAGCAAAGCCUUUGGAGUAUGAUUUCACCUGUGAGUUUCUUUUUAAUUAAUAAAUUUUGUUUUGACUACUAGCUACUCUGUUAAAGCAUUUGAAAGUAAAUGAAGAAGGCUAAAUGAUUUUUUGUGGAACUAAUUCUUUUAAAUUACCUUUUUACUCCUUUCCUCCUCACUUGGUAGAUAAGGUUUGUGUGUUGUUUCGUUUAUGCUAAUCAUGGCAGAUAAAAAUAUGGAGGACAGUGAUAUUGAGCCAGCUCCAAAGCUCAUUCAAGUACUCUUCCAGAACUGCAAAGGGAAAGUGGAUCAAUGGGUUGAGCCCCAUAUCUCAGAGUCACUGUUGAGCAGUUGCGUUGGGCUAAGAAGUCAUACUUGAAAUGUCUUCUUUUUAAAGUGGUUCCCUCCUGGGGGGAAAGAAGAAACCCUUUCAUUCCACAACAGCCUGCAAGUCUGUUUAAACUUGUUACCAGCUCAUUUACCCUUUGGGAAGAUUUGGCUAUUUCAUGUGAAUGAUUUUUAUGUUAUGGGGAACAUGAUAAGAAGGUUUGCUACUUGGGAUUGACAUCACUUCUGUUGCUUCUAGCUGAGGCUUUGGGCUGUGUUUUCAGGGCAGCGCUUGAUCUCUUAGUUGCUUUCAAAGAUCAAGUUGCAGGGUCCUUUCCGAUUAGUUGUUGAGGAGGGAAAAUCCAAAUGUUCUUGGGUGAGUGUUGAUGACAUCUCAAAUAGCAUUGGUAAAAAGCGAGGGGGGCACUUAAGCGCAGAGGCUUCAUGGAGCCUAGGCGCAAAGCUCAAAGCGUGCUUCUUUGAAUGAACCUAGCUUUUGAGGCAAGAAGCGCUGGAGCCUUGGGGCUUUGCACUUUGAGCUUAAGCACGCUUAAAGCAUGCUUUUACCAACACUGAAUCUCAAAUAUCUUUAUACGAGAAAGUUUACUGGCUGUUCAAUGUUGUGAGAGAUUUGGAACAAGUGAAAGACAAUGGGUACAGGCCUAAGUUGAGAAUGCUAAGCGGCAAGCUAUUCUAAUGGCACCUAAAUCACAAGUUAAAUUGAAUCUAUUGAAUUUACAAUGGACGGAGUUAAUAGCACAGAAAGUUCACAAGAAGUGUCAAAUGCUGAAUCUCCUCUUUGGCAAUAUGUGACUAAAGUAGAAAAACCAGCUGGUGCAUCUGUUAAAUCUGGUGGAAACACAUAUUUUAAGUGCAACUAUUGUGAUAUAGUUUUUAUGGGAUCCUAUUCUAGGGUUAAGGCUCAUUUAUUACAAAUUUCUGGCAAAUGUAUUAGAGCAUGUUGUAAUGUGUCAAAGAGCCAUAGGUUGGAAAUGCAGCGAGUGCAUGAUCAAGUUGAGGCUAAUAAGUUAGAGCAAGAACAGAGAAGUCAAAUUCCCUUACCCCCACCUCCCCCAGGCCGUGGGAUACCUAUUUCCCCAUUUCGGAGACAAGAAGGGAGUGAUAGUAGUCAUAGUACACAUUCGGUUGAUGCUAAGAGGAGGAAGGUGACUAUGAAUACUACUUUGGAGAAAGCAUUUCAGAAUAAUGCUAGACAUGAUUUAGAUAGUAGAAUUGCUAGGAUGUUUUACACCGGUGGGCUUCCGUUUAACUUUGCAAGGAACCCACAUUAUCGUAGUUCCUAUGCAUUUGCUGCUACUCAUAGCAUUCCGGGUUAUCUUCCUCCUGGAUACAAUGCUUUGAGAACAACACUUUUGCAAAAGGAAAGAGCUCAUGUUGAAAUACUUUUGAAACCAAUUAAUGACUCUUGGCUUGAAAAUGGUGUAAGUAUAGUUUCUGAUGGAUGGUCAGAUCCACAAAGGAGGUCUCUUAUUAAUAUUAUGGCUGUAUCAGAUGGGGGUCCAGUGUUUAUAAAGGCAAUUGAUGGGUCAGGUGAGUUCAAAGAUAAGCAUUACAUUGCUGGGGUGUUGAAGGAUGCUAUAAAAGAGAUUGGACAUGAAAAAGUUGUCCAAGUCAUCACUGAUAAUGCAAAUGUGAUGAAGGCUGCUGGAGCUCUUAUUGAGGGUGAGUAUCCUAAAAUAUUUUGGACACCUUGUGUUGUCCACACUCUCAAUCUAGCUUUGAAGAAUAUUUGUGCAGCAAAAAACACUGAAAAGAAUGAAGUUACAUAUGAGGAAUGUAGUUGGAUUACACGUGUUGCUGAUGAUGCAUUCUUCAUACGUGUUUUUAUCAUGAACCAUUCUAUGAGGUUGGCAAUGUUUAAUGAAUUUUGUCCAUUAAAAUUGCUCCAAGUUGCUGAUACUAGAUUUGCUUCGGUGGUUGUAACGUUGAAAAUGUUGAAGUUGAUAAAAAGAUGCCUUCAAGCCAUGGCUAUUAGUGACCAAUGGGCUUCUUAUAGGGAGGAUGACGUUGGAAAAGCUCAAAAGGUGAAAGAUAUGAUUCUAAGUGAUCUUUGGUGGGAUAAUAUUGAUUAUAUCCUUGAAUUCACGGCAUCCAUUUAUGAUAUGCUACGAAUAGCCGACACAGAUAAGCCUUGUCUUCAUCUUGUGUAUGAGAUGUGGGAUUCCAUGAUAGAGAAGGUGAAAGCAGUGAUAUAUCGGCAUGAAGGCUUGGAAGAUGAUCAAUAUAGCUCAUUUUGAGGUGUGGUGUAUGAUAUACUCAUUGAUCGGUGGACUAAAAAUUCUACACCAUUACAUUGCUUGGCUCAUUCCUUAAAUCCUAAGUAUUACUCCAUUGAAUGGAUUUCGGAGAAUCCAAAACGCAUCCCUCCACAUCGGGAUCAUGAAAUUUCUAUGGAAAGAAGCAAGUGUUUGGAGCGAUACUUUGAAGAUGAGAAUGACUUAACGGUGGUGAAGUAUGAGUUUGCUAAAUUUUCAGGAGGGAGGUUUCCUUCACCAAGUGCCUUGACGGAUAGGUGGACCUUACUACCUUUGGUUUGGUGGCAAUACCAUGGCUCCGCAUUUCCAA